GCUGAGGGCUCAUCUGCUGAGUCAAUAACUGCGCUAGCACGAAUUGAUACUGUGAAACAACGCAUGGAAGCUGCAUACACGACAUUGCAGGAUGCAGCUGGACUAGCUCAGUUGAGCCAAAGUGUUGAGGAUGUGUUUUCGAGUGGCGAUCUUCCAAAAGCCGCAGAAACCCUGGCAACCAUGAGACAUUGCUUGUCAGCAGUUGGGGAGGUUGCAGAGUUUGCUAAUGUGAGAAAGCAGCUUGAAGUAUUGGAAGAAAGGCUGGACGAAAUGGUUCAGCCCCGUUUAUUGGAUGCCCUUUCUAACCGCAAGAUUGAUGCCGUGCAAGAUCUUCGUGGUAUAUUGACACGUAUUGGGAGGUUCAAGUCACUAGAGGUGCAAUACACUAAGAUUCAUAUCAAGCCUCUGAAGAAACUCUGGGAAGAUUUUGACCUAAAGCAAAGGGCCAACAGGGCAGAGGUGGAGAAGCGUGGUGGUGAAAUCACUAGUGUCUCAUUCUCAAGCUGGCUGCCAAGUUUCUAUGAUGAGACACUACUUUACCUUGAACAAGAAUGGAAGUGGUGCUUGACUGCAUUCCCUGAAGAAUACAGAUCACUGGUCCCAAAAGUACUUGUGGAGACCAUGAGUGAGUUGAAUUCAAGCUUUGUCUCUCGUGUUAAUGUAGCAACUGGGGAUGCUGUUCCUGAAACCAGAUCUGUUGCAAAAGGUGUACUGGAUGUUAUAUCAGGUGACUUGCCAAAAAGCAUCAAAUUGCAGAAUAAACAUCUUGCUGCACUAAUCGAAUUGCACAACAUGACUGGCACUUUUGCUCGGAACAUUCAGCACUUAUUUUCAGAAUCAGAUCUUGGAGUUGUGCUGAAUACAUUGAAAGCUAUUUAUUCCCCAUAUGAAACCUUUAAGAUGAGGUACGGGCAGAUGGAGCGCGCUGUGCUUUCUGCUGCGAUGGCCGAUAUAGAUAUCCGUGGAGCCAUCUCCCGUGGUUUAGGUGCACAAGGUAUAGAGCUAAGUGAAACUGUCCGUAGGAUGGAGGAAUCCAUCCCACAGAUGAUAGUACUUCUUGAAGCAGCUGUUGAGAGAUGCAUUAGUCUCACUGGUGGAUCAGAGGCAGAUGAACUGGUACUGGCUCUUGAUGACGUCAUGCUGCAAUACAUAUCUAAUCUACAAGAAACUUUGAAGUCCCUGAGGACGGUAUGUGGGUUGGAUAAUACCACACAUACUGAUGCCUUGAAAAAAGAUGCAGGAUUAGAGAAAAAGGAAGCACCACGAUUGGUGGAUGUGUCUGAAGAGGAAGAAUGGUCAAUUGUCCAGGGUGCUUUGCAGGUUCUUACAGUUGCCGAUUGCUUAACUAGCAGGACCUCAGUUUUCGAAGCUUCUUUAAGGGCUACUCUUGCCAGGAUUGGAACAAACUUUUCUCUUUCCGGAUUUGGUUCUAGCAUGGAUAAAUCAUCUGCUGGUACUGCUGAUGACAACUCGGGAGCACCUCUGGGUGGGAGGGCAGCACUUGAUAUUGCAACCAUUCGACUCACCAAUCUACCAGACAAGUCUAAGAAACUCCUCACUGUGCUAGAACAGUCAAAAGAUCCAAGGUUCCACGCUCUUCCCAUCACGUCACAAAGAGUUGCGGCCUUCUCAGACAAAGUAAACGAGCUUGUAUAUGAUGUGCUCAUUUCCAAAGUCCGGCAGCGUCUCUGUGAGAUUGCCCGCCUCCCAAUCUGGUCGUCCGUGGAGGAGCAGGGUGGUCUUCCUCUUCCAAGCUUCAGUGCGUACCCACAGUCAUACGUGACCAGUGUCGGGGAGUAUCUCCUCACUUUGCCACAGCAGUUGGAGCCUCUCGCUGAAGGCAUCUCAGGCAGUGAGGCUGGCAAUGAUGAGGCUCAGUUCUUUGCUACAGAGUGGAUAUUCAAGGUCGCCGAGGGUGCCACCGCCCUGUUCAUGGAGCAGCUGCGCGGGAUCCACUACAUCACGGACCGGGGCGCCCAGCAGCUCGCGGCGGACAUCGAGUACCUGAACAACGUCCUCUCGGCACUGUCGAUGCCGAUCCCUCCAUUCCUCUCCACCUUCCACGCCUGCAUCUCGACCCCGAGGGACCAGGUCCGCGACCUGAUAAAAUCGGAUGGCGGGACCCAGCUGGACCUCCCCACCGCCCAUCUCGUCUCCAAGAUCCGGCGCAUCUCGCUAGAGUAGUGAAACGAUGCUGAUCGCUGUGGUAUUUUUGCAAAUCGAAGUUAAUGUAAAGGCAUGCAAUGUGCUCGUGUGACCUUUGCUUUUCUUCUUUUCCAACUUUUUGGUGACGGUGAGCUUUGACCUUGUAAGUUGUUAACUGCACUGCUUUCAGAUAUAAGUAUAGAAAUACCGCACUGUAUUACAGAAGAA